CGUGGGCGAUCAUUUCAGUGUUGAAUCCUUUUUCUUUUGUUCCUUUCCGCCAUUAGCAUUUGCUUAUACUCUCUAUUACAAGUAGAACCCCCAAUUUCACAGAAUCCAUUUUAAAAGCAAAAGCUCCUAUCUUUUUAUUAGCUGACACUCCUCGUCUCUGCUCCUCUCCACUCUUCUUUUGGGCCAACUUUUAAGUCAUGACUCUGGGGUUUGCUCUUCCAAUUCCAUCUAUAUUGUGAGUGCUGCUUCUCAUUAUGUCUAGACCUAUGCUACUCGUCUUUCUUUUACUUGUACUCAUCAUCACCUCUCAGUUUGAAUGGAGACAACAACUUGUAAAUGACAUUGAUACCGCUCCUGCCGUCGCUGCCAAGCACCAACUGUUAUCAAAAAGGGAAGAGGUUGUCAAGGAGAAGGUCAUCUUAUCCCAAGAGAAGAAUAUUUAUAGACUAAAUGAGCUUGUUCGGAGUCUUCAGCAGCAGCUGCUGCAGUGCAGGUGCAACAACGAGACAACAAAUAGCACUGCUAGCACUUUGAAUGAACAUGUUAUUGAGCUUGAAUGACUGAAAGACAGAUCCUGGAGGAUUAGAAUAGGACCUUGCAACUUUUUGUUCCGUGCUUUAAGUAAUGUUGAAACUGUAAAACCUUGCAUGUACUAACAGUUUGAAGUUCUUAGAUGCGGGAAAUUGCAUCUUAUUCAUUGUCACAAUGUCAAAGGUCUGUCAUAGUGUGUUCAUAAUCAUUGACAGCCUAAUUAUUUCUGAUAAUGGAAUCAUCCUUGUAUACUUA